ACAAUUUUUUAAAGCAGAGGAAAUGCACAAUGCAAAUCUGCCCUUGAAUUUAAAUUUAGCGUGAGAAAAAAUAUUUUGCAUGCAUUUGAAGGUGAAAAAGAAGUGCUGCAUUCUGCAAAUGAGAACGGUAGUGAAAGGUUGUGCAAGAUGAAGGGAGUAAUUUUAUUGUUAAUAGGUGCCAUAUAUUUUGUACCCUCCGCUGGCCACACAUUUGGCGAAAAAUUAAGGGCAGAGAGCCUCGAAUACCUUGGAACUAAUCCAGAAUGCAGGCAAAACAUGCAAUAUUUCCACAAAUCUAUAAAAAAUCUGGAGCCUUGGGCAUUAAGGAUGUUGGAUGCUAAUGCAAAGAUUCCGUCUGGAAUUUUAGAGGGCAAUGUUGAUCUACUGGGAGAUUACGAGCAAUGUCUAAGCGUCGUUUCACAUUCUGAAAAGAAGGAAACUAAAAUCAGGGGCAAAUACUGUCUUCCCGAAAUUGAGUUUAGCGUAAAUGAAAACAGCAGCCAAAUAUUUCCUCAAUUAUUGAAACUCGCACAAGUCAACAGACUUGUGACAGGAAAUUUGACUGACCCAACGUUUUAUAACGUUGCAAACAACGUAUUUCUUGUGGGAAUGUGUUUGCCAGACGCUUGCAAUGAAGUCGAUGCUGUAGACAUGUUGAAAGAAAAGGUCGCUGGACUCAUCGCAGACACCCCCUUUGAUGCUGACAUUAUCAUCAGGGAUGGUUUUUGCCGGACAAAUGACACAAUCGAAUUUUCAACUGAAGCUAUUUUCGCAAUUUUUUUGCUCGUAUUUCCUCUAAUUUUGAGCUUAAUUUGCUGGCUGAGAGAAGCGCGAUGGAAACCGCAGGAAAACAAUUCCUUCCUGUUAGCCUUGUCUUUGGGGCGCAACUGGAAGCUGCUUUGGUCGCGUCCGACCGAAUCAGACCAACUGGGCUGCGUCAACGGAAUCAGAGCCGUUUUUAUCUUUUUGCUUUUCUUUCUUCACAAAACUGCCGGAUUCACGUCGAUUCCCGCUACCAAUAAAUUGGAAUUGUUCGCCGUGAUGAACCAGAAGUGGACGCUCGUGGUAAAAAUGUUUUGGAACUACGUGGACGGCUUCAUUUUCCUGAGCGCCGUCACCACGGCCUAUUAUGCAGCUCGCGUUCUCCAAAACGGAAAGCAGCUCAACAUCCUUGAAAUGUACAUCAAGCGAUACAUAAGAUUCGCCGUUCUGUUGGUGGUGAUCGCCUUUUCUUACACGCACUUGGCGCCGUACAUUUGCAGUGGGCCCCUUUGGAUGCGCUACUUGGAAUUUACCGUCAACAAUUGUCGCGGAAAAAUUUGGACCUUGGCCACUUUUACGUCCAGUUUUAAUGGUUUUCCAAACAACUGUUACGACACGUCAAACCAUCUGACGACCGACUUGCUGCUUUACACGUUGGCACCUUUUAUCGUGAUCGGCCUUUGGCAAUACCCGUCCAGAACCAUCAAUUUUAUUUACAUGUUGUGCACCUUGGUUUCUUAUUACAAGUACCAUGUAAUCCAGAUGUACGACGUGCCAACCAUUGCUCAUAAUAAUAUGGAUCGAAAAACAACAAUCAAGGUUGCAAAUCACCUGCUGUUCCCCGCAAUAAUGCGCCUCCCUACUUACUUAAUUGGACUUUGCUGUGGUUGCUACCUACAAAAAAUAAACUGCAAAAUUCAACUUAAUAAAAAAUUGUUGUGGUUGGGAAACGUUCUUGCCGUCCUGAUGGCCAUUUAUUGUGUUGCUUGGCAUUCAGAAACCUCUGAAGAAGGAUAUAUCCACCAUUACGAAAAAACUCUUGUAUAUGGACUGAUUCAGCCAUUCUUGUGGGCUUUUGUUCUGAGUUGGCUCGUUUUUAUUUGCUCUACCGGCCAUGCAGAGAGCCUAAAUAAAUUCCUAAGUAAUUACUGGUUUGUGAUGUGCACCAGACUCGGUCUAGGUUUCAACUUGGUCCAAAUACCAGUCCUACUUUAUUGGAUCGCUUCCGUCCGCUCCGCCAACACCUUCUCUAUUUUCCAACUGUUCAACUUGCACGAGUUCCUGGCAUGCGUCGUUCUUGGAACUUACUUCACAGUAAUAUAUUUGGUCCCGAUUCUUGAAAUGUGGAACGCGUUCGCAAAACGAAAUGACAAGACCAAAUUAACGUAAAUUGGAACUGUAUUGAAAUAAAAUUGCAUCUCCU